GCGGGAGGAGAGAGAUCACUCUGGCGGGCGCGACUGAACUGGUGGGGCGCACGCCUCGGGCGCACUUGAGCUGUGGAGGGAGAGUCGCAGGAGCAAGCCUCAUAGCUCAAGUGGAGACGAAGUUGCCAUCUCCGUGGAUGGGAAGUUGUUAUAAUGCUCUACGCCACCCGCCACCUACCCGUAAGUGUUACUAAUCUCCAGAGGGGGAGACAGAGAGGGAGUGAGAGGGAACAGGGGAGUGUCAAGGAGGAGGUCACGAGCAAAGGGGCUAGUGAAAGGGGGACGCGGCAGAUCAGCGCUCGUUCUGGUGUUCGAGCAAGUGCUCGCUGGAGGCGCGCGCGACUGAACGCACAUGAAAGCGCUCUUGCUCGCUGGAGGCGCGCGACUGAACGCACAUGAAAGCGGUCGAUCGAAAUGGGAAGAGCUUAGAAGAGCCAUCUUGUGGGGGAGCGCGCGCGCGCGCACACACACACACACACACACACACAGAGAGAGAGAGAGAGAGAGAGAGAGAGAGAGAGAGAGAGAGAGAGAGAGAGAGAGGAUUGCACUUUUUUUAAUCUGUUGGACCGUAACUGGGGUUAGAUGUACUGAAGAUAGAGCUUGUGCGACUUCUCCUGGAGGACCGGAGGAGAGCGCGAACGCGUUCGGUGCCUAGCAGGGAGAGAGAGAGCGAGAGCGAGAGAGCGAGCGAGAGAGAGAGAGAGAGAGAGAGAGAGAGAGAGAGAGAGAGAGAGAGAGAGAGAGAGAGAGAGCGCAACUACCGCGGGGACCUUCCGCUCGGCAGCGAACCUGGACGGACUACUCUUGCGACUGGAAUGAGCGGCCGUCGAGGUCGGAUAGGUUCAUCAACCGCAUUACUACUGUGAUCGAAUCUGAUGGCAAUCGAGCUCUCGCUUGAACUGGUACUUCGUCUUUGGUCCUGAUUUGGUCAAAAAGCGGCAAUCACGACCAGCCUGGGGUCCAGCCCGUGUCCUGCUGCAUUCGCCCCCUUGGAGCUUGUUGUGGCCGCUUUGGAUGUAAACAAGUCAUUCAACAAAGCUCAUAUGGUGUAUGCACUUGAAAUUUUGUCCUAAAGGAGAAAUGCAGUCUGUUGUCACCAGUUCAUAUGGCAUGGAAUGCAUUGAAGAAAAGGGAGCAGACGGGGCAGAAGAGGAAGAAGAAGAGGAAAAGGAGGAGGAGGUGCACUUUUGUGCUAUUGUGGCUGUCCAUAUUUUUCCCUGCAACGUUCAUCCUGGACUUCAAGAGGAGAGCAGGAGAAGCAACAAGAACGAUAGAUUGAUACUUCUUAAUCAGCUCAUUCCGCUCACAUUUUCAAUCUUGUUUUCAUUCUUGGGCCAAGGAGAGGAGGAUCAUCAAAACAGAGUAACUGAGGAAUUCAAUAAUUGCGACGAUUGGUUCAAAGCGCAUGUAUAUUUGUCUCAAGAUGGAGGAGGAGGAGGAGAGGGGAGGUGUUCGUCAGGUGGAGCACAAUUGGAUGGAUUUUUCUCCGCUCAUAUACAUCCAUCGAAAUGCAGCUCUCAUGAGUCUCAGAACUUUCUGACUGCAAAAGAGGCAGUUGCUGCCCUUCCAUCAAGUGCGAAGUUCCGUCAUGCAACGUGGUGCCAGGGAGCCACAGCAGCAAUGCUGAGGACAAAUGCAAGCUGCUGUCCAGCUGUGGAUUUGACAUCCCCAUCCGGAAUAGGGUCUUCAAACCAUGUUGGUGCCAGAUCUGGCCUGGCAAGCAAGUCCAUCACCUCCCCGAUGCAAUGCUGUGCUAGGGAGGCAGAAAGGUGUAACCGUCAUGGUCAACAUGGAGAAAGAGAGGGAACACCGUGGGCAUGGCGGGGGCGAGGGGGCUCUGAAUCCCGCUGGGGGUCGUUUGACGGUAUGGCUUGUGUGCUUGGUGACACAGAUUUUGGAGCUGGUUUCUGCGAUUCUGGACUCUCGGUACCUCCUAGUACGCCUGCUGCACUCUUGGUUUCGGCCAAUAUCACGAUGUGUACUGCUUCCUACGCCUGGUGCACAAUGAUGCAGAAAAUGUAUGAACAUUGUUCUGCUGCAGAUGAUGAUGACAAUGGCAGUGCCAGUAGUUGCAGUGCAGGGGGUGCUGUCACCGGCAAAUGGUCAGAUCCUCUUGUAGCAGAGGAACAUGGACAAGUGCUGUUCCGAAUGGCCACCAGAUUAAAUUUUGAACCCGUGACUUCUGGCGUGACAGACCAGCACAGUGACUCCAAAAGUGGUAGAGGUCAUGUUUCAUCCAACCUCUUACUGGAAGGAACCGUGCCGGGAUUUGAACCCGUGACUUGUGGCAGGCUUCUGGUUGCCACGUGUGAGAGACGGGACUGCAGCAGCAACGCUGAACAGCAAAACUGCUGCUGCACUGUGGUGUCAAGAACGCGUGCCAACAUCCAAGUUGCUUCCCCCAGGUAUAGAGAAAGAGUACUUUUUGAGCUCUCAGAUCCGUUCGCCCGCUUCCGCGCCCACAGGUCACAGUUUCCACUGUUUGCUUUCACUAUCCCUGAUUCUGCUAACUGCUCAUCUGCCUGGAUCACCACCUCGCAAGGGGUGCUGUACAGGUUGCGGGCAACGCAAGUUAUAAUUGUGCUUCUGGGGUUCAUCUUCUUGAUGGCGUUCCUCACGUCUCUGGCCAACGAAUGCCAACAGCAGCGUCGUGAUAGUCAGCCCUACCGCGUCGAGCUGCCCGAUCUGGGAUGUACUUGGAGGAUGGUUAAUUGGAUUGUUCAGCUCACUGAUGAUGAAGGGGAACCUUACAGCUAUCUUCAUUACCUUGCUGAGAACCAUGAUCUCUUUGGCCUUUGCUACGGUGACUUCCACCGUGUGUCUCGCCCCCUGCGGCUGGCCAUGCUCUUCACGACUCUCGCGUUCUUCUAUUCGUUGGCAACUCUCUACGCUUCCAUGGAUCACAUCCAACGCGUCUGCAAACCCAUUACCAAUCUUAAGGUGUCAGAUUUGAGUCGACCACUGUUCGGCAGCAGCCGGUUCUACUACAGCUACAAGUCGAUUGCCAUCGUCCUUUCCUUGAAAAUUAUAUUUGGUGCAGGAAUGAGGCGGUGGGCGAGAGCUAGCCAAGCAGGUUCCUAUCGGUUCAAACAGUUGUUCCGCUGGUCCUGCGUCCUCAUAUACCUGGGCCUAAUGACAGGGACUGUGGUGUUUCAAGCCAUGCUCAGCAAAGAUCUCAGCUGGGCAGUUCGCUGGCAGGCGUAUCUCAUAGUUUUCCUCUGCACGCAGCUCUUUACGUGGUUCCUGUGGGACAACCUCCUGACCUCGGUGUUUUGGGUGAUUGGAAGGUGGCAGUUCGACCAGGCGUUGGCAAAGUAUCAGCGGAACCUUGACGAGCAGACAAAUGCAUCCACUAGGCUAAGGUCGCAGAGUGAUGCUCCGAGACGCUCAGCUUGGUCCAAUUUCAGGGACAGAGCGUUGUCACGCAUGGCACGGAGCAAUCCAAUAUAUGUCUGAUUAAUAUUGAGUGGAGCGGAUGCGCUCCCAGGAUGCUCAGCUUGGCCCAAUUUCAGAGACUGAGAUUUGUCACGCAUGGCACAGAGCAAUCCAAUGUAUGUCUGAUUACUGAUUCACAAAUGCAGUUUGCCUUCUUAGUUUACUCUUUUUUCAAUACUGUUAUGUAUGUAUACCUGUUGUUGUUGAACAGCUGUCACGGUGGGCUCUGGCAGCCACAUUCACUCAUUUCCUACAGAUUCCUUAGAAGGUUUCACCUUCUACACUCCACAGACUGCCCUGUGGAUUCAUUUUCAUCAUCAGCUGAAAUGAGCUCUGCUGUCUUCUUUGCUUGCUCGCAACAUCACAUGUAAACCAAGUGAGAGAGUAAAGCCAAAAGCAACUG